AUGAGCGCUGCUCAACACGGUGCCAAUGCAGCUGCUCCCGAGCUGGAAGGCGCAGCGCGCCGACUGAGCUCUUUGGACAUCUCCAAUACUGCCCGGUCACAGCUGUUGCCACCCUCUGGCGGGGAGAAGACCCCGAAACCUGCGGACUCAAACACGCCCAGGGCUAGUGCGCCUUCCACGCCAAGUACCGCUUUCGGAAUGGCAAGCUCAAAUGUCGAGAAGAUGCAGAAGGCGGCUGCGCAGCGAGUGAUAGACGUUAACGACCCGAGCCUGGAAUGGGGGCCGACGCAGGUCAUCAUUGACAUCGAUGACACCGUCAAGUCUAGCGGCGGUUACAAGCUGUUCAACGUGCCCCUCGGUGGAGUUGAUACGCAGUAUGGCCGCGGAGAGCUUUACCCGGGGUCAUUCCAGUUCAUCCUUGAGCUCGCCAUGUACAAGAUGGGGAAGAACCGCAAACCCCUCCUCCUCGCCGUGCUCACAACGCGCAUACCGCAGGUGCCAAUCACCGUUGAUUCGGCCCUCAAUAUGAGGCUGCGCGAGGUCGCGGAAAAGAGGGGCGUUUUGAACUGGGGCAUUGACUGCGAUAACAAAAUCUUGUACUCGACGAUUAAGGAAUGGGUGUUCAACGAAACGAGGGGAGAGAAGAAGUUCGUUAAUUUCAGAAAGCUGCACAAGUACGUGUGCAACGAGAACAACAAUGCCAGGUUCAUAUGGAUUGGUGACACCGGUGACCGGGACCUUGAGGCAGGGGAGCUGAUGAUAAAAUCAUUCCCGGGAAAGAUAAGGGCCGUGUUCAUGCACUGCGUCACCCCCGAUGAGGGCAACGAAGGCCAGCGCAUGCCCAACGACUACUACCUCAAGUCCGUCCCGGUUUUGUUCUUCCGCACCUACGUCGGCGCUGCGAAGAAGGCAGUAGAACACGGGUUGCUAAAUCACAACGCGCUAUCGCGUGUUCUCGUCAGGGCGGUGCUGGAUCUCAACGAAAACAGCCCGCAGGACCUAUCGAAGUGGAAGGACCUCAUUAGGGACAUUUUGGAGGUGGAGGAGAUCGCCAACCUGAAACGUUACGAGGCCAACCUCGUGGUGAAAACCCGAGUCAUCAUCGAAAACAAAAUCAAGGAGCUCGCGCACCACGCAUAA